AUGGAUCGCAGUUUGCAUCAUCAGUGGCAGUGCGAGUGGCAGUUUGAACAUCGUACCUCCUGUCCUCGUUAUCCCCAAUCAAACGGCCGUGCAGAAAAUGCCGAGAAAACCUGCAAGAAUCUGAUGAAGAAAGCAAAGGCAGAUGGACAGGACCCCCUGUUAGCCCUUCUGGAUUGGUGCAACACACCAACAGACGGGAUUGGUACAUCACCGGCUCAGGGGUUGAUGGGACGCCGUACUCGAACCUUGCUCCCUACACAUGAAAAACUCCUGCUGCAUUCUGGUCACAGUGAUACUGCAACCAGACUGGCUGAUCGCAAAUCGCGACAGGUGCGUCAGUACAAGAAGAAGUCGCGACCCCUUGAACCACUGAGAAGUGGACAGGCCAUCCGCAUGAGACUCCCCGGAAAACAGGAAUGGUCUCUGGAGACAUGUACACGUAUUUUGAAAAACAGGUCUUAUGAAGUCGAGGUAUGCAGGAGACGUUAUCGUCGAAACCAUCGACAACUGAGAAUGACACCUGAAGUUCUUCCGCCUGGUAACCUACAGGAAAGUGAGUUGCCUGAUCCUCUCCUGAAACAGUCCCAGAACUUGAGGGUAGAGACCAAUCAGAUCUCUGAGCAAGAGACAGCUGAACCACCAGUAGCCAGUCGUAACCUCAACAGUGGGGCUCACACUGAACCUGAAGUGGAGCCAGUAGAGGUGCUACCACGCCAUUCAGAAUGUAGGCGUUGUCCGCCUGUAUGGCAACAAGACUAUUACAUGACGUGA